GUUCCCCUCAUUUCAAUUUGUUGGUAUUGGUCAGAUGGUUGCAACCAUUGUUUUGUUGUAUCUUGCAAAAUGUGCAAACAUUGUCACAUUUCCUGAUUUAUCAAUGCAGAUUCCAAAGAAAAUCUGGCCCCUACCUGUAAUUUACCUCGGUAACAUGGUAUUUGGACUUGGUGGUACUAAAAAACUCAGCUUGCCAAUGUUUACAGUUCUACGAAGAUUCUCGAUUCUCUUCACAAUGUGUCUGGAAUUCCUAAUAUUAGGGAAGAAAACGCCGCUACGCGUACAAAUAACUGUAUUUACAAUGAUAGCAGGAGCUAUUAUUGCGGCAAGCGACGACCUGGCCUUCGAAAUGAUGGGCUAUUUCUUCAUUCUGAUGAAUGAUGUCUUCACAGCAGCAAAUAAUGUUUACGUUAAAAAGAAAAUAGAGUCAAAGGAUUUGGGGAACAAUGGUGUUUUAUUUUAUAAUGCAUUAUUUAUGGUGAUUCCUUUGUCGUGUAUAGCAGUUUAUAAUGGUGAAAUAGAUAGAGCUUUGCAAUAUGAAAAUUGGCGCGAUCCUGUAUUUUUCUGCCAAUUCGUGUUGGCUUGUAUGUUUGGAUUUGUAUUGAAUUUAUCUAUAAUAUUGUGUACCACAUACAAUUCAGCUCUGACGACCACUGUAGUAGGGUGCAUUAAAAAUAUUGCGAUUACAUACAUAGGCAUCAUAUUUGGUGGUGAUUACAUUUUCAGUGGAACAAAUUUUAUUGGUGUAAACAUAAGUGUCACUGCAAGUCUUUUCUACUCUUACUACACAUUUGUACUGAAGCAGCAAUCAAAAGAAACACCACGCUUAACAGAGAUUCAAAUGAAUGGAGAGAAACACCAAAACACAGAGUUGAAACAAUGACAUAGAAUAAAGAGACAAUCUAGACUAAAAUAAGCACACACCAUUGAAAACCCAAACUUCUACCUAUGAAUACGAAUAAAAAAAUAUCAACAAAUGUAAAAACUGGGGUUGCACACCCCCCCCCCCCACCCCCUAAAUUGUAUUAAGAAAACUAAUCUUGUAUUGUAUUGGUGAUAUGAACAUUGACCUAAUACCGGUAAGAUUUUUAAGGUAUAAGAGUGCAAUUUCUAGGCACCAUAUUCUCAAAAAUUUCUCACCUCAGCCCUAACGAUGGUGGGUGUAAGGCGGUGUCGACUUUUCACGCACCCCCUAUCACCAAAUCCAGCAUCCGCUCCAGAAAACAUACUUACAGUAUCCAAUCACAAACUCAUUAUUGGGUAAAAUAUAUUGGUAUCAUGGCCUAUGCUAGUGUAUGGAAAAGAAAGUAUAAACCACAGGACUUUUUAAUUGCAUACACCCAUAAUUGUAUGCAUUUUGUGUUGCUACAUUGAUAUUUUUUUACACAGUCCUGUUUGCACUUUUAGAAGUUACAUCGUCCUAAAAAUGGAUGAUGGUUUUUUUUUUAUUACCCUUUAGGAUUUUCCCUAGUGGUCACUCUCCUUUAGGGAUCAGGGUUAUACAGGCUGUGUGAAGCCUCGGUAGGGUUGAAUAACAGGGUUGGGUUGGGUGUGCUAUGUGCUUCUAGAUUGUUUCAUAUUUUGCUUGUGUGCUGCAUAAGGGGCUUCAUAUUCAAUACAUGCUUUAUACCUAAUAUCCAUCAAAAAUAUUUAGUCCCCUUGACAACAACAUAUCCUGAAUAUAUCCCAAAUUGCCACUCUAUACCUGUUUAGGAUUGAAAUAAGAAUAUUCUAACCUAGUUACAAUUGUAAAUUUUCAGUUGAAUUUAUCAUUUUUAUGAAGACAAACAGUAAUUUUAAUGAUGAUGAUGAGAAUGGCAUUGGCUGUGAUAAUAUUCCAAUAUUUGAGUUAUUAGUGAUAAAACAA